CUAAACCACGAGUGGGGUCGAGCAGCGCUGCGUGUGAGACAUGGGGGCCUCCAUCUUGCAUGCCCGGAUGUGGGCGGCCAUCUUUGUCAGCAUCAACAUGUCCCACCCCCUACCCGAGUGAGACAUAGGGGCUGCCAACUUGCAUGCCUGGAUGUGGGCGGCCAUCUUUGUCGGCGUCAAUGUGCCCCGCCCCCGACUCACCGUUGUUUAUCGGGCACCAAGACAGCAGUUCAACACUGCCCACCGUAACCCUCGACCAAAGCGCCCCACACCAGCUUGCAAGGUCAAUGAUGGACAUCUUGGUGGAGGGGCACAGGACUAGCUGCCUGUUUGACACGGGCAGCACUGAGAGUUUUAUUGACCUGGACACAGUGCAAUGCUGUGGACUUGUGACACGGCCGGUAAGUCAGAGGGUCACCUUGGCUUCUGGGUCGCAUUCCACAGACAUCCGGGUGGGUUGUGUAGCGACAUUGGUGGUGCAGGGCACAGAAUAUCGGAACUUUGCGCUACUGGUCAUACCUCAACUGUGCGCACCGGUGUUAUUGGGGCUGGACUUCCAGAGCCACCUCGAAAGUGUGACUAUGGCAUAUGACGGGCCCCUCCCACCACUCACUGUCAGGAAUCCUCAGUUUGGUGGGACUUCGCCAUAUACCCCGCUACUGAUCACACACACACACUGAACCACACGUCCCACCCAGCACCAUGCCGACAGCUGCGCUGCCGACACCACUUACAGACUCUCCACCCUCAAGAUCCCUCCCCCAUCGCUGUUCGCCAACCUGACCCUCGAGUGUAAACCUGUGGCAACUAAAAGCAGGAGGUACAGCGCGGGGGACAGGGCCUUCAUUCAGUCAGAGGUACAGCGGCUGCUCGGGGAGGGGAUCAUUGAGCCAAGCACAAGCCCUUGGCGGUCCCAGGUGGUUGUUGUUCGGACUGGACAGAAAGAUAGGAUGGUCAUGUACUAUAGUCAAACCAUCAAUAGGUUCACGCAGCUUGACGCGUACCCCCUACCCCGCAUCGCGGAUAUGGUCAACCAGAUAGCUCAGUACAAGGUGUACUCGACAAUAGAUCUGAAAUCCGCUUAUCACCAGCUCCCCAUCCGCCCAGAGGACCGCCCCUACACCGCCUUCGAGGCGGGCGGCAGGCUCUAUCACUUCCUGCGCAUCCCAUUUGGUGUCACAAAUGGUGUCUCGGUCUUCCAGAGGGAAAUGGACCGGAUGGUGGACCAGUGCCAAAUGAAGGCCACAUUUCCCUAUCUGGAUAACAUCACCAUCUGUGGUCGCAACUGGCCGAAUCACAAUGCCAACCUGCAACGAUUUCUCCAAGUGGCCGAAGCUCUGAACCUUACUUAUAACAGGGACAAGUGUGUGUUCGGAACCACCCGACUUGCUAUCCUUGGGUAUGUCGUGGAAAACGGGAUCAUUGGCCCUGAUCUCGACCGUAUAUGCCCCCUGUUAGAGCUCCCUCUUCCCACCACUCUCAAAGCCCUCAGACGGUGCCUGGGUUUUUUUUCCUAUUACUCCCAAUGGGUCCCUCACUAUGCAGACAAGGCCUGGCCCCUGGUCAAGUCUACCACUUUUCCCCUCUCUGCUGAGGCCUGCACGGCCUUCAGCCGCAUUAAAGGGGACAUUGCCAAAGCAACGAUGCAUGCGGUGGACGAGACCAUUCCCUUCCAAGUAGAGAGUGACACCUCCGAUUUCACGCUUGCUGCUACCCUCAAUCAGGAAGGCAGGCCAGUAGCAUUCUUUUCUUGUACCCUUCAAGGCUCUGAAAUUCGGCACUCCGUGAUGGAGAAAGAAGCCCAGGCCAUAGUGGAAGCUAUUAGGCACUGGAGGCACUAUCUCGCCGGCAAAAAGUUCACCUUGCUGACCGACCAGCGCUCAGUUGCGUUCAUGUUCAGCUACCAACAGCGGGGCAAAAUCAAAAAUGAUAAAAUUUUGCGGUGGAGAAUAGAACUCUCCACCUACAACUAUGAUAUCCUGUACCGGCCUGGCAGACUCAAUGAGCCCCCUGAUGCCCUAUCCCGGGGAGCGUGUGCUAGCGCACAGCUCGACCAGCUAUACGCCCUCCAUGCACAACUUUGCCAUCCAGGGGUCACCCGAUUUUACCAUUUUGUGAAACCCUGGAACCUGCCGUACUCCCUGGAGGACAUCAGGACGAUGAUCAGGGACUGCCAAAUCCGCGCUGAGUGCAAACCGCACUUCUACUGUCCUGAAACGGUGCAACUUGUCAAGGCCACCCACCCUUUUGAGCGACUGAGUGCUGACCUUAAGGGCCCCCUUCCCUCCACCGACCGCAAUGUCUAUUUUCUCAAUAUUAUCGACGAGUACUCGCAGUUCCCCUUUGCCGUCCCCUGCCCCAACACCACUACCACGUCCGUCAUAAAAGCCCUGCGCCAGCUCUUCACUCUGUUCGGAUAUCCCUGCUGUAUCCACAGUGAUAGAGGGUCCUCCAUUAUGAGUGACGAGCUGCGCCGGUACCUGCUGGCUAGAGGCAUUGCUACUACUAGUCGGACCACGAGUUAUAAUCCCCGGGGAAAUGGACAGGUGCAGAGGGAGAAUGCCACAGUGUGGAAGGCCACACUUCUAGCCCUUAAGUCAAAAGGGUUGCUGGUCUCUCGAUGGCAGGAGGUCCUCCCUGAGGCACUCCACUCUAUCCGCUCCGUGUUAUGUACAUCCACCAAUGCCACCCCUCACGAACACCUAUUCUCUUUUCCCAGGAAGUCUGUCACUGGGACCACCGUACCAGUUUGGCUGACGUCCCCAGGGCCAGUGCUACUCUGGAAACAUGUGAGGAGUAAUAAAUACUCCCCGCUGGUCGAGAGGGUUCACCUUCUACAUGCAAACCCCCAGUAUGCCUACGUGGUCUUACCUGAUGGGCGGGAUGACAUGGUCUCCGUCCGCGACCUGGCGCCCGCAGGAGCAACAGACCACUACCCCGAACACUCCCCGGUAACUAUGAACCCUGUACCCGAGGUGACACCACGCACACCAAGCCCUACACAGACUCCUCAUGACGCUCAUAAACCAGGCAUCUCGUACGCGUAUAUACCAGGCGCCUCACACACACGUGAGGGAUCACUGAUGCCUAGUGGGCUGACACCUCCAGUUAGGCCGGAACCAGCACAACCACCGUCUCCGGUGCAAGCACCACUGGCACCUGUGCAAUCACCACCACCGGCAUCUGUGCAAUCACAGCCAGUGCUACGUAGAUCGCAGCGACAGAUUCGACCACCUGAUAGACUUAACCUGUAAAUAUACUUGUAAGAAACUUCGCCACAUGGGGACUCUUUUUUAAAACAAAGGGGGGGUGAAUGUGGUGAACUACAUAUACCUGUCUGGACACGCCCCCUGCUGACUGCUCCUGUGGCUCCUCCCACAGACCCUGGUAUAAAGGCGUUUGAGGUCUGAGCCUGGCUUCUCUGUCUCCAGGAUGUAGUAUGGUGGUCAACCACUGCUUGUUCCUUCUUCCAGUCAAUAAAAGCCGAUAUCUCACCUUUACGUCUCAGAGAGAGUUAUUGAUGGUGCAUCAAGUACAUAUUGUCUUUGCUGGGCCAUUCAUGGACUCCAUGUUCCUGAUUGCGUGGAUGCUCAUUUGAAGUGGCUGGAGAUUAGACCAACGAAGGCAACCACCUCAGCAAAUACUGCCUCCGCUCUGAGGCCUAUCUUCGCCAAAAACGGCCUACCCAAACAAAUUGUGAGUGAUCACAAUGUAUGUCAGAAGAAUUCUGACUAUUCAUGAAGAAAAAUAGUAUGUUUAUUUGAAAUAUGGGUUUGUGAAAGAGAAAUGGAAUGUUUUGUACAUAUACAGUUUUAUGUUGCAUUAAUCUAAAGAGGAUGAAGUGUAAUGUAUGAAACUAUUUCUUUUAGAGCAAUGCCCCCCUUUAGUACUAUGUAAUGAUCUGCUUUCUGCGUAUGCAGUGUUGACUAUGCAUGUGCGUUGCUCUCUCUCUCUCUCUCUCUCUUUCUCCCCUCAAAGUGAGUACACCGGUUAAAGCCAUCUUCCUUGUGCGUGCCUUAAUUUAAUUGAUAUGUAAAUGUACACAGACACAACAAGUAGAGUUGAUUAUCUUGUAUGCAAUACUCAUGAGACGGAGAGUUAACAGGAUACACUGGAUCCAGUACAUAAAAAGUUUACAUGAUCUGUCCUAUAUAGUUCCACUAUGAGAAUAGAUUUCUUUUAGGGAUAGUUUUAAUAAGGAGGCAAGAGUCUCUCUGUGUUAUAAUAUUAUGGGGAGAAAGAAAUUAAAAACAAGAGAGAAUCUGUAGAUGCUAGAAAUCCAAGCAACACGUACGAAAUGCUGGAAGAAACUCAGCAGGCCAGGCAGCUCCUAUGGAAAAGAGUACAGUUGACGUUUCAGGCUGAGACCCUUUGGCAGGACUGGAGAAAAAAAGAUGAGAAGUAGAUUUAAAAGUUGAUUGUUGAAAGAGACAAAGGUCUGGAGAAGGGGCAGUCUGAUACAUGGGGAUAGAAAGCCAUGCAAGAAAGAAGAGAGGGAGGAGCACCAGAGGGAGCUGUUGGGC